GUAAAUAUUAUUGAUCGGAUGAGAACAAAGAUGAAAAAAAAAUGAAAUUCUUCAAAUGUAAGAAUUGACAAAGAAAACAGACAUCUGAUUUAAGAAUCGAAGGAUUUUUACUACCAGAACAUACUUGGAUUUUACUAAAUAUGCUUUGUACAUUGAUAAAAAUUUGAGAUUGCCAUUGAUGUUGAUCAGCUGAUUUCGGAGACGCAAAACAUGAAAAAUUUCUGUCACAGUAACGAGGACGAGAUAAAAAUAGUAAAUGGGUUUUAUUGCUUAUCCAGUGCCAUGUUUAUCAACAAAGAUAGAGACUGCCAUGGCGUAGAUCUAUAAACUGCCACCACUGUGCAGAUAUAAUCAACAUUCUCCACAAUAACAGUGUGUUACAAUGGGAAAUUCUAACAGCAGCAAAUACAACCUCAGUCAUAGUCGACAUGAACACUGGAGGAAGAUUUCCGAUUAUGAGAACUUUGGUCAAAUUCAGUCCAUCCCAUACAGCAAGUGGAUUAAAUCCCAGAGGAACCUGGGAGGCUUCACAGACUAUGCUGACUUUACUACUUGUAGAGAAUCUCGACUUCGGCACGGAGUUCUCGUAAAACCUGAUAAUACUGGAGGACGCUAUCUCAUCCCCAGCUUCAAGUCUAAAUUCGAACUAGUCAUCGUGGAAAAACAAAGGUGGUUCAUGUCCAAUUAUAAACUGCCACGUGUUCCUGUGCCAGAUUUCGAAGACCCACAUUGGUUUCAGAGGUCGAGUCAUAAUAGAAACAGACGGGAGUGUAGUGUCAUUGGUUACCAUGACAACUUACUGGUGGUGCAAAUCAACACUAAUCGGUACUACCUAUCUCCCAGGUUUUACUUGAUAGAUUUAGAGACAAAUGAAAUAGUUGGACAUUUUCUGAUCUUUUACCACUGCAGGCGUUGGUACGAGUGUUACAUAUCCCCAUGCAAAAAACAGAUUCUCAUGAGGCCAGACAAUUUGACUCGCAUUGUGUCUUUGCCUGAUAACUACAUUUUGGAGAAUGUCUGUUUAAAGAGUGCUUACAUUAAUAUGGAAGUAAAUGUGGUCCCACCUACACUUAGAGCACAUGUCAUAUGUUACAACAGCAUAGCAGGGGACAACUUAGUCUUAGUGGCCUUUCACAAAACCUUGGAAAUCCGGAGAACGGAUACCUGGGAGAUUGUCAGGAGUGUCCAGAACCUGGACCUUCCUACGGGGAUCCAGCAGAUGAAGUCUAGCCCCCUGGGGGAUUUUGUGGCCCUGCGAUGUGUGUCACCUGUCCACAGUAAAGAGUACAGUGUCAAUGUUAUAGCAGUCCUCGACUUUCACACCUUCAAUGUUUUAAUGAAGGUGGAUGUAAAGGGCUGCUACUGGCCUGUAUCUGAAGUGGUCAACCUCCAAGUGUUUCCCCAUUUCAGUCCCAGUGAGGCCACCAUUGCUGUCAUGAGGAACUGUACUUACAGCCGGAAAGUGAUGACAUACAAGCUGCCGAUAUGUCGCUUCAACCUUCAGUACCUGUGUCGCCGCGCCAUCCUCCACCUGGUCAGCUUCAGGGAUGUCCAUAAACUGCCCCUCCCAGCCAAUAUUGUCAACUUUCUCCUUGCCAAACCUGGAUAUACUCACAUUGGGGUCUCCGACAGACGGCACCCCUGUUGAUGGAGUCUAUGUGUUUCUGUUGUUAUUAUUGGGCACUUUCAUUUGACUGUGUUCUUUGUUGUUUUUAUAGUGCUUUUUUCUUUAAAGGAUUUUUUUUCCUGAAUUUUUUUUUAUUUUAAUCAAUGAAUCUUUUUUUUUUAAUAAAAUUUUAUAAUUUGGCCAGAUGAGAAAGCUUAUUUACUUCUUGUUAUCAUGGACUUUGAUAAAGAUCUAUUUAUUAAAGCAUUUAUUUAAAACUUACUAUGCAUGAUUUGUAUAAUUUUAUAACAAACUACAGGGGUAUUUAUCAUGUAGAUACAAAAUAUAUAAAGAUAUUUAUGAUAUAUUCAUUAAUUUAUUUAUACUUUAUGAUUAUAAUGUGCAAUAUGUAUCUGUUUAUAUUUGAAAAUUAUCUUGU